ACUUGCAGGACGUAGACACUACCUGUGGGCAAUUAAAUGCUUGUUGCAAGAUAAAAAUUUUUCAGAGUUUGGUUCGGAAAUUUUGACCCUUGAAAUUAAGAACAAUGGCCGAGAAUACCGUAACAGGAGAGAAGACACGAUCACUUGAGUUUGACGACAUUUUUGAACAUGUGUCCUCCUUUGGAAAAUACCAAAAAAUCUUAUACUUCAGUACUUUAUUGUUUGUUUUUCCAGUAACAAACCAGUUCUCUCUGCUAGUGUUUGGCUUUGGUACUCCUAAGUUUCAAUGCGUCACACCAAAUGUCACGUGUGAGGCAAGGAAAUGUUGUGACGGAUGUCACGCUUACGAGUUUAUGGGGCCUUUUCAGAGCACCGUGUCUGAGUGGAACUUGAUAUGUGACCGCGCGUUCUUGGGUGCAACGAUACAGUCCUGUUACUUUACUGGAAUGUUGGUAGGUUCACUUGUGACCGGGAUAAUUUCAGACGCCUGGGGCCGAAAGAAAUGUAUCUUCCUCUGCAACGCAAUCAUGUUAAUUAGUGGCUUUGCCUCAGCUUUUGUUUAUUCCAUUCCCUUAUUCGCUGUUCUUCGCUUUAUGGUUGGUUUUGGCUUGACUGGAGUGAUGCUCUCCCUCUAUAUUUACGGAAUGGAAUUGGUCGGCCCGAAUACUAGGACAGCUGCUGGAAACAUAACAUACUUUUAUUACAAUGGAUUUCAACUUUUGUUUGUCCUCAUCGCUUAUUUUGAACGCGACUGGAGAAAUCUGAGUUUGAUAUGUAGUGUUCCAGCUGCUUUGCUAUUCCCAUUUUGGAAGCUUAUUCCAGAAUCCACCCGAUGGCUUAUCGCUCACGAUCGACUGGACGAGGCUCAAUCCAUCAUCGAGGCUUUUGGAAGCAAAGAUGAGAAACCUUUGGAUUCAGAAGCGAUACGAUCUCUGUUGGAAGGGGUAAGAAGAGAACAGAUCGAGCGAGAAAAGACAGCCAAAAAGUAUACUCUCAUUCACAUGUUUCGUGCGCCAAAGCUGAGAAAAUGGACAGCAAUCAUCUGUUAUCAGUGGUUUGUGGUAGCCUUGGUCAGUUUUGGGAUGUUCAUUUUCGUCUCCCAGUUGGUCGGUGAUCUUUAUGUUAAUUACGUUGUCAUGGAGAUCAUCACAAUUGUCCGAAUACCUGUCACGUGGAUUCUAUAUUUGAAAUUUGGUCGCCGCAUUUGUCAUGGCAUCAUCAUGAUCCUGGUUGGAGUCAUCUUUCUCUUGGUUUUGCUGGUCCACAAAGAUUCUGACGUGGCAACAACAGUUCUGUCCCUCUUUGGAUACCUGUUGAUUGAUUGCACUUGGACGAGUAUUUAUUUGAUGACCUCUGAGCUGUUUCCAACCGUUCUCAGAAACUCAUGUCAAGGUACAGGAUCUACAAGUGCACGGAUUGGUGGAAUCUUGGCGCCUUAUGUUGUUUUGAUGAGCCAGCUUCCAGGCCUCAGUAUUGUGUUUCCAGUUGUAAUUUUUGGAGCGGUUGCAACGCUUGCUGGAAUUUUAAUGUAUUGGAUUCCAGAGACACUCUUCUCUCCAAUGCACCAAACCAUGGAAGAAGCUGAAGCGGCCGAAGACGAUUAUGGGAUACCUUAUUGUGGGAAGAAGAUUGAGCUGCGCAGGCGCAAGAAGGCGAAUGACGUAAAAGUAGUAUAUCUUUAAACGAAGCUAACGAGUAAAAUACUUGGGGGUGGCAACUUCUCUGUUGCAGGGAGGUCUGGUUUUAAACGUGCAAGGUCAGCUUUCGUUUGUAGUAUCAUAAUCAAAUGUUUUCUAUAGGCUCAAAAUAGGACGAACGGUAAUUCCGUUGGUUUUAAGUAAAUGAGAGCAUCAGCCACUUAAUUAGAGACCGAUCAUUAAUUAUACCCCGGGAUACGACCCUCCCUCCCUCCUUCCCCUUCAUUGGCAGACAAUUUUCUAUAGUCCCCCCUUUAUACUCUGUUAGUGAGGACUGAUCCCCCUCCGUACCCCCCUGAAAACCAUGUGUACCUCCCCAAAAAUCCUCCGCGCCCCUCUCCCUUCCGGCGAUAAAUAAGGUGUGGUCCCUUAGAUACCCAGUUUUUAAUCUUGCACUCAGAUCCUACCGUGUAACUGUAACCGCUUGGCCGUGGAAGGCCUGGGUUCGAGACCACUCAAUUACAUUAUGUUAAAGAAGGAAUAGGGAUAAGUAAUAGAUAGGCUAAAAUAGAGUAACUCACGAAAACAAGUACUGAAGAAGUUUGCAACCAAUGAUAAACGUAUAGUAGUGAGUGAAAUUCACCACUGUACCUUUUUUCUACUCUAAGGUUGAAUAACAAUUCAACUAUUCGCGUCUCUCAUAGAUUUAGGUUUUUAACUUUAUUAUAUUAUGUUUGUGUUCAUCGUUUGUAAUUUUAUUUUCCGAGGGUCACAAGUUUAUUAGCCUUUGGCUAUUAAGUGUUAACCCUCUUUAAAGAAAGUCUUUAUUGUUAUUAUUAUUAUUAUACCCCGCAAUAAAGGCUGUUACUAAAAUA